GAUUCACAACAAAACGUUGUGUUACAGUCCACUUUGAAAAGUGUGUUCCUUUUUAAACGAAACAACGUAACUGUUAGCUACUAACGACAGUCUGUACGACUGAAACGUAAGUCCUAAAAGGCAAAAAAAUUGUACCAGAUCGUCUUAUCCGAACCAGGAAAAACUCAGUCUAUGAUCUGAUUUGUGAUGGUCCAUUCUUGAGCUUCAUGUGGUUGUAAAGAGAGUCGGCUGAUUUAAACGAGGAAGGUUGACUAGCUAGCUGGCUGCGCGAAUUUUAUUCGAAAGCAAGCAAAAGAUGGAUACGUGUUUAAAAGUCUUUGUUUGCCACAUGAUCAUAGCACAGGUCGGUGCACAAACCGAAAUUCCCAACGGGCGACUCCAGAACAAGUCGCUAAUUCCAGCGCAUCGGCUCGCCAGUUUACCUCCUUUCCGAGACAUCGUGGUAAAAGAGGGCUCUAGCGUGUUAAUCGAAUGCAACGUGACUGGAAAUCAUGCUGGUGUUUCGUGGUACAACUCCAAAGGCCACAUAUUGGACGAAGAGGAAGGGGGGGGGAAAUGGUUGAUUCUGGAUAAAGGCAUUCUGAAUAUCACAACUGUCAGCUUUGAAGACAGAGGCAGGUAUACGUGUAUCGCAUCGGGCGCCUCCGGGACAUCAAACUACACCAUCACCCUGCGGGUGGCCUACACUUACAGCGGUCUGGGCCUGUACUACGUCAUCGUGUGCCUCAUUGCUUUCACCAUCACCAUGAUCCUCAACGUCACCCGGCUCUGUAUGGUCAGCAGCCACCUGCGCAAGACAGAGAAGGCCAUCAACGAGUUCUUCCGCACCGAGGGGGCGGAGAAGCUGCAGAAGGCCUUCGAGAUCGCCAAGCGCAUCCCCAUAAUCACCUCUGCUAAGACGCUGGAGCUGGCCAAGGUCACGCAGUUCAAGACCAUGGAGCUGGCCCGGCACAUCGAGGAGCUGGCCCGCAGCGUGCCCCUGCCUCCACUCAUCCUCAACUGCAGGGCCUUCGUGGAGGAGAUGUUUGAGACGGUGCAAGUCAGCGACCCCGACCAGCCCAGGGGCAGGAUCAAGCAGCGGCAGGCCAUCGGUGCCCGCCCGGAUGGGGAUGAUGUCGACGGCGCUCCAGCUCCGUCGGUGGAGCAGAGCUCUGAACCAGAGAGGGAAAGAGAGGGAGAAGGAGCAGAUGAAGCUGUGAAUGAGCAGAGUCUUGACAUUGCGGUCUCUGUUCAUCCCCAGUCAGAGUGCUCAGAGGCAGGUACUGAUGCAAAGGCCGAGUGCCAAGAGGCACCAGGCAGCCCUAAACGCGUGCUUUAUGAAAGUCAUAUUUAGCCAGCGGGCGAUCCACAGCUCUGAGAUUGAAGCCCAAAAUUAAGCUGCCCAAUGAGAAACCAAAAGUAGUGUUUCCCAGUUACAACACUGACCACGGUCUCCUGUUAAGGUGAAUUUUAGCGUUGAAAGUUUCUGGUAUCUCAGACCUCGAAUUUCCAGGUGUAUGACUUUGAACUGCUGAAUUGAAUUGAUUUGAUACACUUAGCCACUGAAAUACCAGUUUGUUUGUGCCUGAGUGAUCUUAAUCUGUGACCAGAGGACAGAAUCAAAAUGUACUGGCUCAUGAGAUUUGGUUGAAGGUUUUUUCCCCCAGAUAGUGUUUAUGGUGAUUGUACUUGGUAGUGUGAAGUGAGGAGGGUGUUUUGAGGAGCCUUUUGUGAUCAGCAUUGCGAGUGGGUGUUCUCUGCAACUGCCAAGGAUGGUCUUUGUUUUUCUCUAAUGUGUGAGAAUUACUGAGGGAAAGGGACUAUGAUUUUCAGUAUGACUCAUAGCGACUGAAUGAUGCCAAGUAGACCCAUCAGAAUGCAUUGGCCUCCAUUUUGCAGCUCUUAAUCCUGGGCUAGUUGCAACUGCCGAAGGAAGCCACAUAAUACUAAUUAGGAUGUUAUGUGAAUAUUAUCCUAAGCAAUUAUAUUACAGUAUAAUUUAUUUCCUCUUAAAGCAGCUUAUCAAGAAGCUAGCAUUACAUCUCAUGUGCCAAAACAAUCUGUUUUGAAGUGGUAUUUUGUCUUGUGCUUGUUAUGGUGCAUUGCUCAUUCUGGCUAAGAGCUGCAUAGACCUUAUUUACUUGAGAUAUACAUAGGUAUGAUCAGUACUGUACAGUGUAUUCAGGAUCUUGCUUCAUUGCGAAUUUGGUAACGGUUGUCUAAAGAUAAAAGUAUAUAUCAAGAUAAAUUGAGUAAAAAAAGGAGUUGAAUGACUAAAUGCAGUGAUGCCAUCUUUCCAAGUGAUGGCGCUCUAACACUGCUCUAAAAUGUCAAGAGAUGAGACAUGGCAGCUGUAAAGUUCCAGCGAAUGGAUCAAGAUAUAUAAAAUAGAUAUGCAGGGCUAUAGCAGUACAAUUAUCUCUAAAUCCCUACAAAAAAUUUACAUCAGUAAAAACUAACAACAUAUAGGCCUAAAAUACACCACGGAGGAACACCAGAAACCCAUUAAACCCAUUCUUGCACACUGUUCAUUCUUUUUUUUUAAUGUGUGGAUGUUAAAUCCUGAAUGGCUUUGUCCACAACCUAAAGCCAAGUAGGCAUUGUUCAAAUGGACAGUAUUGUUAGGGCAGCUACAGUUGUAUAAGACCGUCAUUAUAGCAAUAACUAUGACAUCACACCAAAAUGUAGAAAAUUGAUAUGAGAUCUUUUAAAAUGUGUUUGGGUAUAAGCAAGAUCAGGAACAGUAACUCUGAGGUGAAAAAUCUCAAGACACUGUGAGGGAAGUUAUAUUGGUUAUUACAAGCAGGUGUAUUUGCUAGCUGAAACACAUCUACAGCCAGUCAUUGGACUUGCUUUUCCAGUAAUGCUGGUGAUUCCAGUUAAACAGCUGCUUUGAUAAAAGAGGAAUGUUCCAAAUACAUGGUCAACAAAUGCGUCACCUCAUGACCUGAGUGCCUUUGGAAUAAUAUUGCUGUCACAAUUAUUUUUACUCUUCAUCUCUCUGCUUGGUUUCUUUGAUAUAAAAGAAUGUGAGUCAAAUUUGAGAAAUUUUUCCAUGUGUCAUUACAUAUAAAAUCAGUAACUUUUAGUCACUAAUUAGUAACUCCAAACAAGUGAAAACCCACCAUUGUUUGUAUCCAAAGAACAAUAAUUAAUGAAUGACACAACUCACAUUCCUAAAUUACUGGAAGAUGGAAUAUAUCCUAUAAUUCUAUAUCCUAUAAUCCUAUAUACUGACGUCCCCUUGGAAGAAAUUUGCAUUGUGUCUGUAAAGGCUGGUAGACCCAACCAAAAAUAAAACUAGCACUUUAGAACGGGCUGCAGUUGAAUACAAACAGUUAUGUAAUUGACAGGAACAUAAUAUUAUCUUGUAAGUACAUUUUUUAAUUCAAAAUAGGGACAAUAUUCAUCAAGAAUAUGGAACAGACAAGAUAAAUACGGGCACAGAAAAGUUGUGAGUGUAAUAUGUUUAAGAGAUGAAAUUAACUAACACUAAAAAAAGAAAUACAGGAAAGCCUUAUGAUUAACCUCUUGCUCUGUUUAAAUAUGGAAAAGUAAUUUUGGCAUUUAUAUAAUGGAGGUAGAGUUAUGGUCAUAAAUGUAACAUGAUUCUAGGUUGAUGGAGAUUGUGUUAGGUUGAGUGAUAGGCUGAAGGAUGAGCUGCUUGUACGUGGGUAGAAAGGUUUCGUCACCUUACAGCAGGGAAGUACUGUGAUGAGCAGUCUAAAAAACAAAGCACUUUUGAAACUAGAAAACUAUGUAGGGUCGCAGAUGCCAGUGGAAGCUUGGCAGUUGGACUAAUUUGAGCUGAGCAUCUGUUUGUCUUGAGAGAAAACAGUCGAAGAACUCUGCGCUGUUAAAUGAAGAGGAGGCAGAGUGGUGUGAAGCAUGUUACCUUUUCACAGUUAAAACAUAUUUCACUGGUCUUGUAUUCAUAUGCAGUACUACAGACAGCGUGUAGUUCAGAUAAUGCUAAAUUAAUUUAAUUAAUGGCAAAGGAGCAUUGCUUUAAAGGUGUGGGGUUAAGAAGUAAUCAAGUCCAAACAAAUGAUUAAUUUCAUGAAGAGUACUUGUGUGUUAGUCCUUACAUACUGAAGGACUUUGAAGAAAUGAGCCAAUGGGAGGAGUGGAUUGGCUCAUUUCAUGCUUCAGGUGUGGGCCAGGUGUGUGUGCG